CAUCUGAGACGCAGCCCCGGUCUUUUUCGGCAUCGCGCCGCCGGCACAGACAGCCAGCCAGCUGUGCUCAUCAGUCAUCGGUACUGAGUACAUAAUAUAGUAUCCCCAUGAUGACGCUGCGCGAGGUCGUCCUAAACCCCCCGUCGCCUUCCCCGUCGCCCAGCCCCAACCCGACACACCACCAAAGGUCCCAGAGGUCACUGCAACUCCAUCUGCACCUCCCCGCCGCAGACGCAGACGCACAUGUACCAAAAUCCCGCCCGCGACUCGUAGCCCGCGCCUCCGAGAGCCAUUCGCCAUCUUCACGACCCCGUUGCUCCCUCCCUUCCAAGUCGUCGAGCGCCGUCCCGACCCUCCAGCGCUUCCUGCCCACCUACUGGCUGCCUUCCACCAUGCCUACCUCCGGUGGCGCCACCCCGACGGCAGCAGACCUGCUCCGCCAGACCAUAAACCAGAGGUAAGCUGAGUGUGCCUACUUAUUAUCCUGCCUCGUGAGAUGCUGCUGCGGCCUGCGCGACUAUUUACAGGAGGUCUACCACGCGUUGCAAGGGGGUCCAAGAGGAAGAGUGAAAGCGUCGCUUAGCCACCACCAGCGGACCCCACGACGACGACGACACUCACGAUCAGAUCGGUUCCAACGCCUCGACGCCACCAGGCG